AUGGACCGCCACGACCACCGCAGGCACAGGAGGAGAAGCAGGAGUGCGGAGCGGGACCGGCGCCGACGAAGCAGCAGCAGGGAUCGCGACCGGCGCGGAGAGAGGAGCGACAGGCACCGGCGAGAUCGUGACACGCACCGGGAGCGGCGCGAGGACGCGCGCGACGGGCGGGACCGACACCGUCGCGACGACGGGGACCGGCAGCGCCCCUCCGAGCGGCGGGAGCGCAGGAGCCCGUCGCCAGGGCCCCGCGAGCACAGGAGUGCGUCGCCCGAGGGAGCCCGUCCCAGGUACGGGCCGCGCGACGACCGGCCGGACACGCGCACGUGCCGUGUGUGCGGGCAGGAGGGGCACAUUGGCGUCAACUGCCCGACGCGGACGUGCCACAAGUGCAAGCAGCCAGGCCACAUCGCGCGGGACUGCCCGCACGCAGCGGACGACGGGGCGCGCGCCGCGCCGCCUCCGCAGGACGACGCCCCCGCGCAGCCACAGAGACCCCCGGAGGAGCCCAACUUCGGCCUGUCCGGCGCGCUGGCGCAGGAGACACACGAGGUUGCGGGGUCGGCGGUGGCGUACGCGGAGCCGCCCGAGGCGAAGAAGCCGACGCGGCGGUGGCGGUUCUACGUGUUCAAGGGCGGGGAGAUCCUGGGCGACCCGCUGGAGGUGCAGAGCUCGUCGUGGUACCUCUUUGGGCGGGACCGCAAGGUGGUGGACAUCCCGACGGACCACCCGUCGUGCAGCAAGAGCCACGCGGUGCUGCAGUACCGGGAGGUGACGGUGGAGGGCGCGGACGGCAUGGAGCGCGCGGAGGUGCGGCCGUACGUCAUGGACCUGGGCUCCACCAACGGCACGUACCUCAACGGGGAGCGCAUCGAGGAGCGCCGCUACUACCAGCUCCUCGAACGCGACGUCGUCAAAAUGGGCAACUCGUCGCGGGAGUACGUCCUCAUGGACGCGUCCGGCGUGUGA